UGGCUCAGGACUUACUUCUUGAUUGCAUGAUUUGCCUUCGAGAGAGAACCAAUAGAAUUUCGUCUAUCGGCUGCUUUUACAAGCUGCGUGAUUAAUACUGCUCGAGCGCUCGGCUCGAUUUUUGAUUGUCAUUUUUUGGUAAUAUCUUCUAUUAAUUUUGUAAUGUCUACCUUCUCUGCAGUUCUAUCAUCAUUUAUUUCCCGAGUGGUACCCGUUCUAAGCACUCCUCGAAGUUUUAGUUACGCAUUUUUUCCCACUUGAUUUACCAAAAUACUUUCCAAAUCCUUUUCUUGUGUUUCCACGCUGUCUAAACUGGCAAAUCAUGGCCACAGUUAUUUUUCAUCAUCCUUUUGAUUCUGAGAGUGAUGCCGUUGCUCUGAAGGAAGCAAUAAAUAACCUUGGUCAAAAUGACGAUUCCUUGAUUCAGAUCUUAGGUAAUCGCACAAAUGAGCAACGUAAAAGAAUAAUGGAAACGUACAAAACAAUGUUUAAUGAGGAUUUGAAAAACAAAUUAUUAAUUAAGCUGACUGGAAAUUUCAAGAGAACUGUGGAAUUGCUUCUAAUGCCUCUUGCAGAGUAUUAUGCAAAACUUCUUAGAAAAGCUAUGUAUGGUCCUGGCAAAGACGAAGAUUUGCUGUUGGAAAUCCUCUGCACGAUCACCAACAUUCAGAUCAGAGAAAUAAAAGAGAUAUAUCAAUGCAAAUAUGGAAAAACUUUAGAAGAUUCUAUACAGAAUGACUGUGUGACUCCUUUUAAGCACAUGCUUUUACUUAUAUGUAAGGCUGAAAGAAAUGAAGGAAUUGUGUCACUGGAUAAAGUUCGGAAUGAUGCCGAGGCCUUAUUUGAAGCAGGAGAAGCUCAGUGGGGAACCGAUGAAGCUGCUUUUAACACUCUCUUUGCUUAUGAAAGCUAUGAACACUUAAGAUUUGUAUUUCAAGAAUACGAAGAUAUAACUGGACGUACUUUGUCAGAAGCGAUUGAGACUGAAACAUCUGGGUAUUUAAAAAAAGCUCUUCUUACAAUAGUUCGAUGUGUAGAAAAUACUCCUGCGUAUUUUGCAAGAAAACUGUAUCGUGCUUUGAAAGGUGCAAAUCGAGAUGACAAAGCUUUAAUGAGAAUCGUUGUGAGUAGAUGUGAGAUAGACAUGGUCUUUAUCAAAUCUGAAUAUCAGAAAAGAUUUAAAGAAACCUUAGAAGAUUCUAUAAGAGGUGAAGAACCUGAAAGUUUUGAGAAGCUUUUGGUUGCUUUAGUUACCUUGGACAAAUAAAUGCCACUAACUUUGUCACAGCUUUCUGUUCAGCAACUAACCCUGACCCUGUUCUUCCAAAUGGCAAAACUGCUUACGUUCUUGCAUACUUUUCUUGUCUUUAGUUCCUGCUGUCUUAGUUCCUGUCCUAAGCAAUAGUCAGACUGGGUUAAUUUGCUCUAGUAGACUCAUUAUGAAGCAUAUUAGUGUUAAUUAAAUUAUUUGUUGUAAUCGGCAAAGGUCGCACAUGAAAUGUUGGAUUUGAUAUUGGAACUUCAGACAAUGGUAAUUCUGCUACAGAGGCUGUUCACACAUUUUAUAGACGAUGUAUAUUGUAUUCACAAAACUAAAUUACAUAAAAUUCUUAUGUUUUAAAUGUUCUAUUUGACAUCCCUUAUUCUGAACUAUC